CUGCGAAUUGUUUCUUCACAGUUUCGUAAGGCUUGGAAGUAUGGUUAGUGAGAGAAGAGUGCAUCCGGACUGUAUAAAUGCUUCGAAUCCUUAUCACGAGUGUGUUGAGUAUUGCUUUAAGAAAAUUGCUGAAGCAAAGGCCAGAUUCGAGAAGCAGAAUACUGGAUUAGCUACUGGUGAUGGGCGUGGUUAUCCUGAUGCUAAAGUUCAUGAGCAGACAAGGGAGCCAUUCGAUGAUAAACAAAUAGAGGAAGAUAGCUCAGAAGAAGAAGAGGAAGAGGAUAACCAAGAACCUGAAGUAGAUGUGUCUCAACUUACAGGGAGGCAGAAGAAGUUGUUUGAGUUGAGACUUAAGAUGAAUGAAGCAAGAAAAUCCAAUCAGACGGAUGUCGGGAGUGAAAAGAAGAAAAUGGAAGCACCAACAGAGACAAAAGGAAUCUCAAAACAGAAAUGGGUGGAGGGGAGGAAGAAAAAGAUUGGGAAACUUCUCGAUGCUAAUGGUUUAGAUAUGACAAAGGCUUAUAUGCUCGAUACUCAAGAAGCAGCAGAAACAAAAUACAAAAAAUGGGAAAAGGAACCUACGCCUGCUGGUUGGGAUGUCUUUAACCAGAAAACAUUAUACAACGCAUAUAAGAAACGGACAAAGAAUAUUCAGGUUGAUCUAGAGGAGUAUAACAGAAUGAGAGCAGCUGAUCCAGAGUUUUACCGUGAGGCCUCAAGCUUGCAAUAUGGGAAGGCUCCAAAAACUUCGAAAGAUAAGAUAGAUAAGAUGGCAAAAGAGCUCUUAGACAGAGAGCAAAAGCGACAAGAGUUUAGCAGGAGGAGAAAGUUCCGGGAAGAGAAGGAUAUCGAUUCCAUCAAUGACAGAAACGAGCAUUUCAACAAGAAAAUCGAGCGUGCCUUUGGGAAGUACACACUGGAGAUCAAAAACAACUUGGAACGAGGAACUGCAUUGCCCGACUAAACUACUUGAGAUCACAUGUUGGAAACAAGGGAAUGGAUUUCUGGUUCGAAAAGUAAACUUAUAUGCUGUUGUCUGCUUAAUUGUUCUUAAAUUAUCCUUGAGAGAACUAAAUUGUAGAAUGAACUUUUCUUUAGCCA